CGCUGCUUCCAUCAACUCGAAUUAUCCUUUUCUCUCGAACCCAGCCAAGGAUCGAGGGUUGCCCGGCUCCCUUCCAUUCUCCGAUGCCAAUGGCACUCUCCUGCUGUUAGACUUGGCGUCGUAUUGUAUCUUUUUCUUCUUGAGUCUUUCUUGGCUUCGAGCGUUUUCUUGUUCUUCGUAAGAUUGCUCACGGAGAUGGCGAAUCCGCGAUGGAAUUCUCAGAAAAAUGGAUACGGAACCGCGAUUUGGGCCGCCAAGAUCGCUUUUUGCGUCAUCGGCAUUCUCUCCUUUUGCGCCGCCGUCCCUGUCGCUGCCGGCGCCCUGGCCUCCGCCGUACCCGGCUUCUGGGGGUCGCUCCGGUCCUGGCUCGCACGGCCGUACCUAUUCAUUGCCGUCCACUUCAUAAUCCUCGUCAUCUGGAAGCUCUCUGAUCAAAAACAGCAGCAGCACCAGCAUCACUGCGAGGAAUGGGCGGUGGAGGAGCACAUUACGGAUUCUGGGAAUCCUGCAAAGGUCGAAUCCUUCAACCGUUCGCAUACGGCGCCCCUUCUACGCAAGCCCACGCCGGAGAUCUGGCCGUCUGCGACGAAGGUGGGGGUUCCGUCGGUGGAUCCCGGUGAGUCCUCGACGUCCGAAGCGUCAUGCAUCACGACGGAGUCCGGCGAGAGGUCCACGGCUUCGUCCGCGUUUAUGGCCAAAAAGAGCGCCGAACCAGAGUCCAAGAGCAGCAUUACGGUGAUGGAAGAGGAGGAUGAGGCGGUAGCUGCGGCGACUGUGGCAGGGAUGGCGAAUGACUCCAUGGAGGUCACAUGGAAAGCGAUCGCGAAGAAGUCAUCUCGGGCAGCAGCGGUGCCACCGGCGGCGGCGAAGUCGAGGCAAUACGCUAGGCAACCGGAGCCGCCUCCCCCAUCCACGGGUCACGACGAUUUAAACCGGCGAUUCGACGAUUUCAUCAAGAAGAACCACGAGCAGAUUCGGCUUCUCAAUAGCCGGCGGCGGUAGCCGGAAACGGCAAAUCACAUGUUAUACCGAUUUCCAUUAGCUUAAUCUUCUUACUAGCUCGUUAAGCUCUUCUUAUGAAAGCUUCCAGUGGAGGAGGGAGGCUGCUCUGCCGCUAAAAAUCCAAUUUUUCAGAUGAGAUGCGGGAAUUGCAGGUUCUUUUUGAUAUGCUGGACUUGCUUUUGGACUGGUGUUGCUGAUUAGACUGGCUAGUGGUUUGUGCUGAUAGAUGGGGGUGUUUGGUAGCCUUCAGUCUCACCUUUUGGUCUUCUGCUUGGUACUUUGAGCUUACUGUUUGAUGUAGUUUUGC